CAGUCCCGCGCCGCGCACCGCCCGCGCCGCGACGCCGCCCACGAUAUAAAUAUUCGGGGGAGUCGAGUGUUGAGCGGGGUGCUCCUAAACGGAGCCUCCGCCCGCACAAAGACGUCGCCGACAGCGUCGAGGUACGGCGUGAUGUCGUCGCCGCCGCCGGCGCCCGCGGCCGACGAGCGCCGCAGCCCGCGCUCGCCCGCGUCCGCGCCGCGCUCGCCCGCGCCCGCGCACGCCGUGCUCGCCACCAUGACGCCCGUGCAGCCCGCGCACGACUACUACCCGCCCCACAAGGUCGAGAUCGACUCCGACGACGGGUACCCCCCCGAGGCCCACUCCUACCGACACUCGCCCCACGAACUCGCCGCCUACGCCCCCGACAACAAAGUCCCCGUCCAGCCGGACGUCUACGACCAGGGCAUGGAGUCCAUAGACGAGAAGACGCCCAUCGAUCUCAUUUACGAAGACGACAAGCAGACCGUGAUCUACACCACGACGCCGGACCAGAAGCGCGUCGAGAUGAUAAGCGGCCAGCUGGACGACGGCCAGCUCGUGAGCGGCGGCGGGCAGCUGGUGGACGGCGGCGUGUCCGUGGUGGUGGGGCCGCCCGGGCAGGGCCAGACGGUGCUGGUCAUCGCCGACCACGUGGUGGACGAGCUCGGGCAGGUCAUCGCGAUACCCAGAAGACGCAAGGAGGUGAUGGAAGUCGGCGGGGAGCAGUGGCGGGCGUACUACAGCGGGGCGGAGCACCCGCUCAGCGCGGCCACGUCGGCGGUGCUGGACGUGUCCGACGAGCCGGGGCAGCCGCUCGAGUACUACCGCCUGCCGCCGAUCGCGCAGGACUCGCACCUCAAUCUGCACAAGGAUGCCAAGCUGGUGGAUGUGUGGCAGGCCGGCGGAACGCUGAAGGCGGCCAAUGGCGCGCACGGGGCGGAGCUGAGCGAGCUGUCGGGGCUGCUGCACGCGGGGCUCGUGAAGCGCGAGCCCGAGGACCUCAGCCGCAAGGUGGCCGAGGAGCCCGAGCCGCACGCGCUCAAGCCGCAGCGACACAAGGUGGCGGUCGGCGAGCCCGGCGAAGCGGCCUCCCCGUCGCCGGUCCCGUCGCGGGCCUCCUCGGCCGGCUCGCUGCUGCCGGACGCCACCAUGUAUGCCGCCCAGAUGUUCGCGCCGCCAGGCACCCCCAGCCCCACCCCCUAUGGCGAACAGUACCCUCGCCAACCUGCCACCUUCGCCGGCGAAUCUUACUACAGAGACUACUUUGUCAGUGAUGGCUACCAGCAGAGGGCAGCACCGCCAUAUGGGGAAGCGGAGUCAGUGCCAGCUUCCGCGUUUGGGGAGCGAUACGCAGCGCCUCGCUAUCAUAGUAAAAGUGUUAUCGCGGCCGCUGGCUUGACUGUGGACCUGCCAUCACCGGACAGCGGAAUUGGCGCAGACGCCGUCACUCCUCGAGACCACACCGCCGUUCAGCAGUCGUUCGACUACACGGUAAUAUGCCAGCAGCCCGUGGGAGAGGACGGGCGGGGCACGCCCUCGGCGCACCACUCGCCCGCCCAGCCGCCCAGGACCAGGCCCUGGCACGACUUCGGCAGGCAGAACGACGCUGACAAGAUACAGAUUGCUAAACUGUUUUCCUCGUACGGGUUCAAGUACCACCUGGAGACGGCUAGCAGCAGCUCGCAGCGCCGGGAGGACGACCGCAUCACGUACAUCAACAAAGGCCAGUUCUACGGCAUCACCUUGGAAUACAUACACGACCCGGACAAACCCCUCAAGAAUCAAACAGUAAAGAGUGUUGUUAUGCUUAUGUUCCGAGAAGAAAAAUCUCCUGAGGAUGAAAUCAAAGCGUGGCAAUUUUGGCAUGGCAGACAACAUUCAGUCAAACAGAGGAUACUAGAUGCCGACACGAAGAACAGCAUCGGGCUGGCCGGCUGCAUCGAGGAGGUGGCGCACAACGCCAUCGCCGUCUACUGGAACCCGCUCGAGAGCGCAGCCAAGAUCAAUAUCGCCGUGCAAUGCCUGAGUACGGAUUUCAGCAGCCAAAAGGGUGUAAAGGGUUUACCGCUGCAUAUACAAAUUGACACCUUUGAGGAUCCACGAGACACUCAAGUCUACCACCGAGGAUACUGUCAAAUCAAAGUGUUUUGUGAUAAGGGUGCCGAAAGAAAGACCAGAGACGAAGAGAGAAGAGCAGCGAAGCGAAAAAUGUCAGCCACGAAUAGAAAGAAGUUGGAUGAGAUAUAUCAUCCAGUGACAGAGAGAAGCGAGUUCUACUCAAUGGCGGACUUGUCGAAACCUCCAGUACUGUUCAGUCCAGCGGAAGACAUAGACAAGUUAGCCGGGAUGGACAUACAAGGUUUCUACGGGCACGACGAGGCCGCAUUAGCUGAAGCACACCUGAAAGGCGCCUCACCCUUCUUACUACACGCAGCGAAACCGCAAGCACCAGCGUUAAAAUUCCACAACCACUUCCCACCUGACGCGCCAGCGUACCGUCCAGACGUGGGCGGUUUGUCCCCUUACAGCGACCGCAAGGACUCGCUGGAGCUGGAGGGCGUGCUCGGCAAGCGCGCGCGCACGAGCACGCCGCCGCUGAGCGAGCGCGUCAUGCUGUACGUGCGCCAGGAUACUGACGAGGUGUACACGCCGCUGCACGUCGCGCCGCCCACCACGCAGGGCCUGCUGCACGCUAUUGAGAAUAAGUACAAAAUUUCAAGUUCGGCAAUUAAUAAUCUUUAUCGAAAGAACAAGAAAGGGAUUACGGCCAAAAUUGAUGAUGAAAUGUUGGCGUACUACUGCAACGAGGAUCUUUUCCUACUUGAGGUGCGACCGGCGGGCGUAAACGAGGACGAACCGCUCUACGACAUCACGUUCGUGGAGCUGUCGGUGGACCACUAGCGCUGCGCAGGCGCACGCCACGAGAGCACACCACACCGCGCUUAGGGACCGUACAGCCGCUCCAGGCAUCACCAGAGCCUGUCCUGUACGAGUCUCUGUCGCACGAAAUCAAGGGCAAAAAGAUUUUCGAGUGGCGCUCAGAAACUCAUCUUCUAUGCGUGUACACCCUCGUGAGUGCCACCUACUCGGCGUGUUCUAAAACAAGCUGCUGCUUUCUAGGUGUUCUGUGUUACUCGCUGCGCUCCUACUUUGUGUUAGACUAUCGACAUGUGGCGUUUUAUUUAACACUUUUGGACAGUCGUUUAAACAUUCCCUUUAUACACUCAUUAAAAUAUAUGUAUAUUAAUUUAUAAACGAGAUAAAAUAUCGUCUCUUAUUAUUAUGUCGAUCUCAGAUUGAAAUUACUUUUAAGCGAUUCAUCAUAUAACAUUGUUUGGAUGAAACUAUAAGUACGUCACAAAUUCGUUGGUCGCUAGAUAAACGACGUUAAAGAUCAUUGUUGUAUAUAUCUAAUUAAGUGCCUUAUGAAAUUACAGAGUGUAGGUGAUGCAACGACCUGUAUUAUGAUGGCAAUGUUAUUCCAUGUUCGGUAACGAGAGUACCGCUUGUGUCUUAUGUAAAUGAAUAAUGUUGCUGAAUAUAAACGCGUGUGCCAUUCACUCGGUUAUCAUACUAGUUGUAUGUAGUUAUCGUUUCAACAGGUACCUUUUAAUCUUGCCAUGAUGAUAAAGUAAGAAAUUCUUGUCACAAAACUUAUUCUGUAGAUGUAUUAUGUCUACAAGCUAAAUCAUAAAGUGCCUUCAUCAUUAUAAUGUUAUAUCUAUUUUAAGUGAGUUAAGUCAAUUUACAUGCCAUCCACUUUGUUAAGUUUUAUAUACGUAAGUUUGGUCUAAGCUCGCUCAAUUCAUUCACGUAGAUGUAGGUUACGGCGUCCAUUGCUUCCGGCUGUCUCCGCGCCUCGUGUUGUUCCUCCGAACUUUGCCCUGAAUCACCUUCAAACCCGGUAUUGACAAUACAUAAAUUACGUUUUAGAACCACCAAAUGGAAGCAACGGACGAAAAAUUACAAUUUCAAAUGAGACAGAGUCGCAAUUUUGCAUAAUGUAUGAUAAAUAAUAGUCAUUUAAACGUAGUCACAAAAGUCGUCCAUUGGAACAACAUUAACAUUAUCAUCGAUGGGAGUGGUUUGUGUAUACCUAAUUUUAAGAUUUAAUAGAUUAUACAUUUUGUUAUUAUAAUUAAAUUUCGAUACGUUAGUUAUCGGGCCAUGACAACGAUUUAUUUUAUGAAAGUAUUUGUGUCCAAGACUUAUUUAUAUUUUAAGGUUUCAUUUUAAAAGUACAUUUUUAUGAUAUUCGUAUUCCAUUUUCAAGUAAAACAACCUGAUGUUGCAUAAAAUUGUAAGAAAUUACUAUUCAUUACACCGUUGUUACUGAGUCGUAAUUAUUACCAAUUCUCUGGAAAAGUUCGGAAAACCUCCACGAACUAAGUUACUUAAUAUGUUUUUCUGCUGAUUAUUCUACCUGUUUCUUACCUAUACAUUUUGUUACAUUUGAGAUAGUUAUAGUUUCUGUUUUGAUUGGUUACGUUUUCCUGUGCAAUUAUAUGCAACGCGGAAUGGUAAGCUUACUCUCCACCGAUUUACCUAUCAUCUAAAUUCUGAACAAGUUUCUGUCACUUGGAAUGUAGUCGUAGAUGUGAAGUCGCCCAUAUAAUGUAAUGCUACGGUAAGAUGUGCCUAGUGCGGACGGUUCGAUUAACUGCCAUAUUAUGACAUAAUUUAGAUUACUUAUUGAUUUUAGACGUAGUUGUAACUGUAGUUUGUUUUACUGUGUCCCAUGACUUGCAGGUAGACAUCGAAUUUUAAUUAAGGUAAUGUUAUUGAUAUAUUACAUAUAUUUUUUGGAAAUGUAUUGUUUUUUGUUUCGUUCUUAUAACUAAGCUGCAAAUUGUGACUGUUCCGGAUAGAGACAGUCUAAUAUUUCUUCCAUUUGGCUUACACUCGUUAAUGUCUCGCCACUAUUUAUAAGUAAUUCACAUAUUGUAUUUUAUAAACUAAGAAAAUUACGUAUUUGCUCAAAGUUCACACGUGUGUGCAGUGCGAACCGUAACUCUUAUCACAACGAUAUUUAUUUAUGUACUUACGUAUUUUAAUACUUAUAUUAUAAAUUUUGCAGCUUUAAUUUUUACUUAAAAUGAUGUUAGAUCGUGAUUCUGAAUCUCGUCAUAAGUCACAAAUGUCAGUAGCAAUAAAAGUGAAGCAGUUAGUAGCUAGAUAAUGGCCGCGGUUACGCGUGCUCGGCCCGCUCGUCUAGUGCAAUGUUAAAGAAUUUAUAAUUGAGAUUAUGUUUUGAUGUGUCUAAGAUGCCUUAGCGUAACUACAGUGUAUUAUUCAAGAAUCGAAAACACACUAUUAAGGAACAGAUUUCAUUUUAUAAUCAUACGACAUUUCUAUAGAUUAAUUUUAUUGCCAUUUAAAUUGUAAUCUAUUUUAAUUUUAAACAAAACUGGAGGUUUUUAAUUGUUUAAUUUGAUCAUUUCGAAAUGAAUUAUAAUUUUACUACAGAUAAAAUGUUAAUGGUGGCACGAAUUAAUUUUUUGUAUGUCGCCUUACCAAUAAAUGUUUGACAUUGAGCAAAUCUACAUUUAAAAUUCAUAGUCUUGAUACGAACAAAGCAAAUACAUAAUUUGCUAAUAGUUUUGAAAGUUACGCUACGGGACUGGCGGGAUAGGGCGGCGGUGCGCGGGCGCCGGCCGCGGCAUUAGUCA